UCCUGUCUCUCCUGGUCCCCUCCGUCCCCUCUUGUCUUCAGUCAGUCUGUGAGCUGCUGGACCAGCGUAGCCUGGAGUCAUGGCCUCUGGUAAGAACAAGAACCAGACGUCCCUUGUCCUCCACAAGGUGAUCAUGGUCGGCAGCGGGGGGGUGGGGAAGUCCGCCCUCACCCUGCAGUUCAUGUACGACGAGUUCGUGGAGGACUACGAGCCCACCAAGGCCGACAGCUACAGGAAGAAGGUGGUGCUGGACGGCGAGGACGUUCAGAUCGACAUCCUGGACACGGCGGGACAGGAGGACUACGCCGCCAUCAGAGACAACUACUUCCGCAGCGGAGAGGGUUUCCUGCUGCUGUUCUCCAUCACGGAGCACGAGUCGUUCACCGCCACGUCGGAGUUCAGGGAGCAGAUCCUGCGGGUGAAGGAGGAGGAGGCCAUCCCUCUGCUCCUGGUGGGGAACAAGUCGGACCUGGAGGAGCGGCGGCAGGUUUCUGCCGACGAGGCCACGGCGAAGGCCGGCGAGUGGGGGGUCCAGUACGUGGAGACGUCGGCUAAGACGAGAGCCAACGUGGACAAGGUUUUCUUUGACCUCAUGCGGGAGGUUCGCAAGAAGAAAAUGUCGGAGAGCAAAGACAAGAACGGUCCGAGCGGCAAGAAGAAGAAGAAGCGCUGCUGCAUCCUUUAACCUGCGGUGACAUCGUGCCAACAGACAGACGGUGACGCGGCAGACGGCAGCUGCACGGCGUCCCCGUGUGGACGUCAGAUCUCCGACUCGUCUGCUCCUUUAUUUUUACAACAUAAUCUCUAUUUUUCUCCACAUGUGUCAAAUCCAAAUUUAAAAAAGCGCCAGUGACUGUUCACGUUUCAGUUUCCUCCAGAGGAUUCUCACUUCCUCUGUCGUGUCUGAUGUUGAGUCGCUGCUUCCUCUUUCCUCCACAAACGGGCCAAAAGUAUGUGGACGCAUUUAUUUCCAGUUUUCUCACAGUCCAGUUUUCUCCCGGAGGUUUUGAGGUCGAGGGCGGAGCAAAGCUUCCUCCUGGGAAAACGUCUCUCUGAGCUGCACGAGGACGAACGCAUGAAGCCUCUGUGUGUUUAGAGAAAGUGAAGCUGUCCCAGGUCGACUCUGACCCGAGACAUCGAGCAGCGAUUCUGGAACAAAUCACCAAAGAUCGUUUUAUCUUCUCUGACGACGUGUGAACGUUUUCACUCGGUUACUUUCGGCCGGCGCAGCGUUUAGAGUGUCGACGUCUCGUUUAGGAAACUAAACCAGAAAGUGGUUUAAUGUUUCAACAGAAUAACAGAAGACGAACCUGAUGAGAAAAUAAAAGCAUCAAUACAAAUAUCACAGGAGACGUGUCCACAUACUUUUGGCCAUGUGUGUUCUUUUCCACAAACAAACAAUCAAACGACACGAAGUCACAGAAACCGUUUGUUUUUAAAACCUUGACGCAGGUCGACGGAGAUAAACACGUAAUAAUGAUAUUAAUGAUGUUGAUGAUUCUGAUGAAAGACAUUUUGUGCCUUAACCUGUUUCCUGUCGUUUAAUUAUUCAUCACUUUCUUCUCUCGUCCAUCAGAAGCCAAAAUGUUUUCUUUAUUUUUGUCUUUUCUCACAUUCCUGAUGCGAGCGAGGCUCGAGACACUCCCUUGGUGUGAAACCUUUAUCGUCCAGCUCCCUGACGAACACAGUGUCAUGUAGAAUCAAAGGGAUCUUUCUGUUUCAAUCACUUCCUGUUGUAUUUAUGACGCCUGUGGUUUGAAGGGACGCUGUGUGUGUUGGUGUGUGUGUGUGUGUGUGUGCGUGAGAACUAAUUUCAUUUGAUAAUAAAAGAAAAGACGUAUUGA